AUGGAAAAUAAGAGUAGCAUAGAUUCGGAGGAUGUGCGCAAGAGACUGCUCGAGGAUUCUCUGUCCUUCAACCGAGAAAAAAUGGUCAUCCUGAAUGCAGAUCCUUCUAGUAGAGCGUUCGUGGUAUGGUUCAUGAUAUCGAGUUAUUUCCCGGUUUUGACUGCUUGUUUGGGCCCCAUUGCCAACAUGAUUGCGGUUGCAGGGGUCGUUGACAAAUGGAGGGCGGACGAGCAAGGACAGAUACAGCCAGACCCGAGAGGAAUAUACGGAGUCAAUGUCGUAUCUUUGAUUCUGGGGUGUUUUUCCAAUUUCGUGCUCUUACUGCAUUUUGCCAAAAAAGUGAGCUAUCUCACGGCUCAGCUGAUCAAUAUCGUGGGCUGGACAAUGGCUGGCUUGAUGCUUCUCAUCGAUAUUGUCAUCUGCGGAAAACGAGACUACACACCGGAACUCGAAAAGACAAUAGGUUUCUGGUAUGCUAUUUUUACAGUGAUACUUUAUCUCUCGUGCAAUGCACUGUUGUUAAUUCACUACGGAGGUUAUAAACUGGGAAAGUACCCAGCUACUUUCAAUUUGACGGAUAGUGAGCGCAAUGUUAUGAUCUUCACUUUUAUUUUAUCGCUUUGGUUUAUUUGGGGGUCUGCUAUGUUUUCUCAGAUAGUUCCUUUGACGUAUGGUGAAGCUCUCUAUUACUGUGUUGUCGUGGUACUGACUGUUGGACUUGGUGAUCUGGUACCCGUUACGGUAGCUGGCAAAAUAAUGACGCUCGUAUACUCCUUGUCAGGUGUAAUUAUUUUGGGUCUGAUUGUUGCGCUGACACGAUCAAUCAUUCAAUCUUCAUCAGGCCCAAUCUUCUUUUUCUAUAGGGUAGAAAAUGCUCGAAGUAAGAUUUAUGAAGAGUUAAUUGCUAGUGAGCAAACUAUGGAAUCUGAAACUGCUUUUGAUAUCAUCAAACAUGUCAGAAGUGUUUCCAGGAUGAAACAACAAAGCUGGUCUACUUUCGCUGUAGUCUGUGUCUUUGUAGCUUUUUGGCUUCUGGGUGCGUUGAUUUUCCAUUAUGCCGAAAAAUGGACAUAUUUCAACAGUCUGUACUUUUGCUUCCUUUGUCUAAUUACAAUCGGUUUUGGUGACUUUGCACCUAAAACUGGAUGCGGGAGAGCUUUCUUCGUCGUAUGGGCACUCUGUGCUGUCCCGCUAAUGACAGCCAUGAUAAGCACGGUCGGAGACACCUUGUAUGUGAUGGCUGAUGGUCUAGACAUUAGCAUUGUUAGGGUUUCCGAAUGGGUAGUUAAUCUUCCCCAGCGUUUGUUCCAUUGCCUGCGUGCCUCGUGGAGCGAAAAAAGCAUUAUGCCCUUUUCUUCCGAAAUGAGCAGGGUUGAUGAAGAAUCAAUUCCAACACCUUACACGUCAAGUGAAGCGCAAGCCAAUGCAGAUGAGCAGCAAAGAAGCCUUGCCAACGCACAUUCCGCUGAUGGUUCGUCGAAGACAAAUGUAGAUCCUGUCUCAGAAAAGCUAGAAGAGUAUCUCAAGGUUGUUCAAUGGUUGCGGCACCUCUCUCGUCGAGAUCCUAACGAAAAGCUAGCCUUUGAUGAGUGGAUGCAAUUGUUUUCUUCCAUCAGUGAUGACACAGGAAAAAUUCUGGAUGAUCCCCACUUUUGGCUGUCGAACAACUCGCCACUACGGUAUCCAUUCGAUGAGCGGCGUUAUGUCAUGCAUACACUGCUCAACAAGCUAGAAGUGGAUAUAACAGGUUUGCUUAAAAAGCGCACAGAAUCAGAGGAAAAGUAA